AUGUCAGUGGACUUGGCGGUGUCCAGUCGCAAUGGUCAGCGGUCCCCGUCGUCGUAUAUGCAUGUCCUAGUCCCAAGCGACAGCAUUCACCCCUACGAGGUUAUUGCAGAGGACACAUUCGAUGGGUUGCCACCCAUUUCGUGCUUGGAGCACCAACUUAUGGAGGAGGCAGAGGCAGAACUCGAGGGAGAGGAGAAUGACGACAAUGACGACGAGGAUACAGACGCUGAACAGGAGGCAGAGCGCCCGCCAGCCAAGCGACGGAGCCCGGAAUUGUGUAGUCAGCGGAAACUUGUUGAUGGGGAAGAUGAGCAGUUAUCCGAACCUACAACCUGCAAGCGAGCGGAAUAUGAGCGCAAAGAUGACGACGACGACGACGACGAUAUAGAGUUACACCCACCCCUGAAGAGGUCAAGAUUCGAAGAUUUCUCGGAAGAGUCUGGCUUUGGGGUUCUCCACAACUGCAACGGUACGCUGGAGAACAAAGAGCAUCCCAAGGGCGUAUUUGCAUGCAAAGGAUGCUCAAUAACCUUCGGCCGCGGGUCAGACCUUGAGCGUCACUGGCGGUCUAUCCAUCUACAGAAGACAUGGAAGUGUCUUGCUCCAGAGUGUGGGAGUAGGGAAGAGUUUUCCAGGAAGGAUUCGUUGUUUCGCCACAUUUCAGUUGCACACAAAGAAGAUAGCGAGCGGUUAAAGGCAUUGUACAGGCGAAGGGAGGCAAGCGCCAGUUCUGGUUGA